AUGCAUGACAACUGGGGAGGUUUGGAAGCUGUCGAUGACGGUAAACCUACCGAAAGUCAUGAGGUGGAAGGCGAGCCAAACCCUCUACCCACGCCUCGUCCCUCGCCAACGGAGUCCAUACCGCCGCCACAUACUCAGGCUCAGAGCUCCACCUCACUUCCUCUCUCACAAGAACCAGUAAAAUGGUCGUCUUCUCCUGCAGGUCCCUCAUCUACAUCGAUGCCACCGCCUCUACCUCCCUCUCUACCAGAUACAUCACCACCUCCGCCAGUUUUGCCCUUAAUACAAGCCUCCACCGCAUUCGGUACUCAAGCUGACAUGCCGAUCACUCCAGCACAAUACUCUUUGUUUAUGACUUUAAUGGAU